CAAAGCAACCAGUGAAGCCGCAGCCCUGAGUGAGUGUGAACUGGCAGAGAUGGUGUCCCUGCCCCAUCCCUCUCUGCUCCAUGGUGCUGUGAGUGCUCCUUGUCUCUGCUGCAGGAAGGGAAAGGACCAGUUUGACAACUUAGAAAAACACACGCAGUGGGGUAUUGAUGUUCUGGAAAAGUACAUCAAGUUUGUAAAAGAAAGAACAGAGAUUGAACUCAGCUAUGCAAAGCAGCUUAGGAAUCUUUCAAAGAAAUACCAACCCAAGAAGAACUCCAAAGAGGAGGAAGAAUACAGGUACACAUCAACUAGAGCCUUCCUAGCCACGUUAAAUGAAAUGAAUGACUAUGCUGGACAGCAUGAGGUCAUCUCAGAGAACAUGACCUCUCUGAUCACUGCAGAGUUAACACGCUACGUGCAGGAGCUGAAACAGGAGAGGAAAUCGCACUUCCACGAUGGCAGAAAGGCACAACAACACAUUGAAACUUGCUGGAAACAACUUGAAGCAAGUAAAAGGCGGUUUGAACGUGAUUGCAAAGAAGCUGACCGAGCACAGCAGUAUUUUGAGAAAAUGGAUGCUGACAUCAAUGUGACAAAAGCAGAUGUUGAAAAGGCAAGACAGCAAGCCCAACUAAGACAUCAGAUGGCAGAGGACAGCAAAGCUGAAUAUUCUUCCACCCUACAGAAGUUCAACAGCGAGCAGCAUGAACAUUAUUACACACACAUACCAAACAUCUUCCAGAAAAUCCAAGAGAUGGAGGAAAGAAGAAUCGUGAGGAUAGGGGAAUCCAUGAAAACCUUUGCAGAAGUCGACCGCCAAGUGAUCCCCAUCAUUGGGAAGUGUCUGGAUGAGAUAACCAAGGCUGCAGAAUCAGUGGAUCACAAGAAUGAUUCCCAGAUGGUAAUAGAAGCCUUUAAAUCAGGAUUUGAGCCUCCCGGAGACGUCGACUUUGAGGAUUUCACGCAGCCCAUGAAGAGGACAGUGUCUGAAUCCAGCCUUUCCAACUCCAGAGGGGAUGGGAAGUCAGAGCCCAAGUUUGGUAGCAAAUCCAAGGGCAAGUUAUGGCCAUUCAUCAAGAAAAAUAAGCUUAUGUCCCUUUUAACAUCCCCCCAUCAGCCCCCUCCUCCUCCCCCUGCCUCUGCCUCACCCUCUGCUGUUCCCAACGGCCCCCAGUCUCCCAAGCAGCAAAAGGAACCCCUCUCCCAUCGCUUCAACGAGUUCAUGACCUCCAAACCCAAAAUCCACUGCUUCAGGAGCCUAAAGCGCGGGCUUUCUCUCAAGCUGGGAGCAGGCCCAGAAGACUUCAGCAAUCUCCCACCUGAGCAGAGAAGGAAGAAGCUUCAGCAGAAGGUUGAUGAACUAAACAGGGACAUUCAGAAAGAGAUGGAUUCAAGAGAUGCCUUAACAAAGAUGAAAGAUGUGUACAUCAAGAACCCCCAGAUGGGAGAUGCAGCGAGCGUGGACCACAGAUUGGCAGAGCUUGGGCAGAACAUUGAAAAGCUGCGGUUAGAAGUGCAGAAAUUCGAGGGCUGGCUGGCAGAGGUGGAGGGGCGGCUGCCGGCACGGAGCGAGCAGCACCGGCGCCAGAGCGGGGUCUACGAGGCCCAGAACCCAUCAGGAGUGAACAGCUGUGCCCAGGACAGAGAGAGCAGCCCCGAUGGCAGUUACACAGAAGAGCAAAGCCAGGAGACUGAGAUGAAAGUACCUGCAACAGACUUUGAUGAUGAGUUUGAUGAUGAAGAACCACUACCCACCAUAGGAACGUGUAAAGCUCUCUAUACAUUUGAAGGUCAGAAUGAAGGAACCAUCUCUGUAGCAGAAGGAGAGAUGCUCUAUGUGAUAGAAGAAGACAAAGGGGACGGGUGGACGCGGAUCCGGAGGAACGAAGAUGAGGAGGGCUAUGUCCCCACGUCCUAUGUUGAAGUCUAUUUGGACAAAAAUGCCAAAGAUUCCUAAAGGUGUUUGUGCUGGUGCAAGAACCUCGGGGCGAGCUUGUCACAGAAGGAGAAACAAAAUGGUCUGUUUACCCUGCAGGCAGUUAAAACACACCCAUGGAAAGCCAGACUCCCACUCUUGUCUGGAGUUCCCACUUGAAAAAUUCAGACCUAAAUUCCAUGCCAGUACCAUUCAGAUGCUUGCUCUUUUCCAUGGCAUGCUACUUGUGGCUCGGAUUUCCUUAUCAGCCUCUCCCACUCUUCUGCCAGCCUGGCACAGCCCCUCUGUCAAACAUAACACACACUUCUCCCAGCCCAAUCCCUCCCAACUUCUGUCAGAGAUCUGCUGGCUGCCCUUGGAUAGCCAGAGAGUCCCAAGCAUGUUCUGGUCUGUCUUCUGUCCCCUUGUCCCUCAGUCCAUCUGGAUGUGCACACUGGUCCAUCAGCAUUUCACACGGUGCCUUCAGUGCUGAACCUGCAGGUUCCUCUCACCAGAGAGCGUGGGAAGGAGGUGGAAAACCUCCCCUGGGACAGUGUCACAGCAGCUGGACUGGGCUCUCAGUCUGUCACUAUUAAAUCUGAUCCACAUGCAUCAUUCAACAUUCUGCCUUCCCCAGAAGGUCACUAAUACUUGUCAGCCUUUAUUUCUCUUUUUCCAAAUCCAGGCUGAUGCUCAUUCCAGGUAUUAAACCCCUCUGACCCUGCUGUUUCCUGAAACCCUUCAAGCUCACGUAUGUACUUGUUUUCCUGCUCGUUCUGUCUGCCCCCUCCUGUGUCCCUGCUGUUCCUCACACACACACAGACACACACAGACAGUGGCAUUUUGGUUGGCAGCCCUUGCUGCUGCUCACAGCCCAGUUUGGCUCUGGUUUCAGCCUGCAUGCUCGCCCUGUUGCCUUGCCUGCGCCCACCUUCCUCAGGGUCACGUUAUUUUGUGGCUCGUGGUUUAAUCUCUCUGCAGUUUUCUUUUGGUUGGUUUGUUUUUCAGCAUUUCAGACCUGCCUUCUCUUUUUGCAUGACCUCCUGUGCGUUCUCAUCAGUUCAUGUUGGAAUAACAGAGGUUUUUUAGAUAAAUAAAAGAGGAAAGGAAAAAAAAAGAAACCACACUGUUUCCUUCUCCCAUCUUGUCAUGGACUGGACCCGGACCCAGCAGCCAGACAGGAAUUGUGACCACCCUGUUCUCACAUGGUUUGGUUUGAAGCAGAAGUAGGAUAAGUGAUUCUGCACUUUAUCAUGUCAUACAGUGGUAAGAGAGCUACACCAUCUCCAAAAAUCACACGAUCUGGAAUUCAGCUGCCUAACAAAGGGUUAAUUCCCUCUCUAAACUUCUACAAACUUCUAUAUUCUAACUUGGUUUCCCCUGAAUUGUUUCCAUUGCUUGGGUUUUGCAGUCAUGGACAUGUUUGAGCCCUGCAAGAAUCUGUUGCCACUAAAAGCUCCUGAGGGCCAAACUAAUUCAUGGAUCCACACCUUGUCUGGGGGAAUCUUCUGGCUCUAGUCCAACUCCAGCAUAUUCUGUACAAUCCCCACAAGUUGAGAAAUGUUACAUGGAAGCCACUAUGGGCAGUGACCCCAAAUGAAACCUCUCAGGGUUUGCUUGCAGGUGAGUGUUGUUCUGCUGCCUGCUGGGCUGUCCUGCAGGGUCAGCACAUCAAAACACAUCCCAGAAUCUCAGACUCUCCUUACUGGGAAUGGCCUGGGCUGUCCCCACGGGGGAUGAAGUGAUUUUUGAGCUGGGUUAUGUGUGGUGUUCAUAGUUCUGUCCCUUUCUCUCCAUUUAAGAUGCCAACUUUUGUUUUUACAAAGUCCCUUGGUGCUACAGUACGUCCUGUAGCCUUUGUGUGAUGGUGCUUAAGAGCUGCCAGCAAGAAACAGCAGAAGGUUUGUGAUUUAAACCCAACCCAAAUGUGCUGAGCACAGGCAGCACCAAUGCUGGGGCUGUUCUGCUGCAGCACUGGAGGGUCAGAACCCAUAAAUCACUGCCUUAUCACUGCUGCUGCUGCUGUGGUCACUGAGCUGUUCAGAUCAAGAGCAGAACGGGAUCCCCAUGGUUGAUACCUGUGGCUUUGUGGUCUCCACCUGCCAGGGGAUCUAAAGGGUUGAACAAUUAACAGGUGUGCAAAAAUAUCCUUAAAAUAUUUUUAGCUGCAGUAUUUUUAUUCUCGUGUCCAAUGCACUGUUGAAUCAGCAGCUAAGAAUUAAUUUUCACCUAUUGUUGUGCCAUCUAUGUAAAAAUCAGAUCAAAGUUUGCUUUUCUAUAUUUAAUCUGGGUGGACAGUAUAUUAUUGUCAGCCUGUGUGGAACAUUGGAACAAUUGCAAUGUCUGUGUUUCAAAAUUGUGCUGUAGAAGGAGCAUUAGCUUUAGCUGACUGAUUGAUUCCUGAAGUUUUAUUAAAAGACCAUGUAUGGAGUUUUUAUAAACUUGGCAAGUAGUUCCCAAAAGCCUGGAUCUUAAAACUUAUUUAAGAAAUAGUCACAGUCAUAUCUCAUAGUCUGCACAUGUUUAUUCUGCUGCUGUUAUUCAGGGUAAUGAAUAAUUUUUGUAGAAUUUACCUUUGGCAAACGCUGAAGAACUAAAUAUGUGACUGGUUUAUAAAAACUCUGCUUGGAUUUACUAAUCUUGCCCAGCAGCGUGGACUGUACAUCCUAUGAAAUUUCAUCAUCCCCAGCAAAAGUCUCUAAUGCCCUUUCUUAACACCUGUAAAUAGAGAGGAGACAUAUUUACUGAUACUCAAAGUUGUGUUUAAUGCUGAGUAUUUUUCAGAAGUUCAUUUAGUUUGAUGCAUAUUGUUCUUUGGUUUUUUGUUUUCCUGCCUGAAAUGACAGAAGACCUAAAAAAAGCCAAAUUCUAUUUUAACAUGAUGAUGUCGAGCACUUUUUUAUUUGUAUAUGUGUGUGUAUGUGUGUUUGAGCACUGAUCUCGAGAUCUUGGUGGCAUCUCAGUGUUGUGAUUUCAUUGCCAAUGUAAAAGGUUCUGGUGUUGCCCAUUCAUUUCUGGAGACAGAAUUCAAUCAAAUAAAGUGCUUCCAUUUGAAAGCGAA